GUCUGCUCACUUCUCGGCUCUCUCCUCGAAUCCCUAUCGGGUAUCGGCUACCCGGCUCGUGCGCUCGACCACGUUGCUGCUGUCUGGUAUUUUUGUUAUCGCUUCGACGCUUCCCCGACGUGACCUACUGAAGAGUCUCCUUCCUCAGAGCACUCAUAUAGGAAGAGAGACUAAGCAGCACCAAUACAUCAUUUGAAUCCUAAUCGAAGAGGAGAAACACAUUUUUUUCAGAUCCUGAAGGCUGGAUUUAUGUGAAUCUUGCUCCGCACUAACACAGACAAAGUCUAGGUUUCUCUCAACUCUUCUUGUGUUGCUGAGUUCUUCUGACAUCCUGCGAACUGAAAAGCUUCAUUUUUUCUGUGAUAGCACAAGUGAUAAUUUUUAGAGUAUUCAGUGCUGUGUUCGCAACUUUUUUGAUAUGGUGGAGCUUCUGAGGGGCUGUAGUAUAAUCUGCGCCGCGUAUGAUAGUUCUCCUGUUUUUAGAAUCCCAGUUAAGAAAGAGGAAUCUUUCCAGUUCUCUUUUUGCUAUCUUGAAUUUGCGCCAUUCAAGCAGAGAUGUCUACCAAGUAGACUUGCAGUGAAUAGAUCACCUGCUCUAUUGGUGAUUGGUGAAAACGGUAGGUUGAAUAGACUCAAGCCACUGAUAAUGUGCAGAAUGACCAAUCUAUCAUUGUGUGCAAGGCGAGAUUGUUCUGCUUCUGUAUGCUACUAUAAGUCAGGUGUCACACUUGGAGAAGAAGUUAGUUUGCCAAUAUGGGAUCAGGAUGUCAGUUUCAAUUUGAAUGAUUGUCUCCAGGAGCAUCUGCCUCUCGUGACUCCUGUUAUUCAAGAAGAACUUUGUGAGAAUAUUGAGCAAAGCCCCUCAUGCAGGAAGUUCAAGAGGCUAUUUAAACUUUCAAAGGGGGGUUUGCACUACUUAGAGGAGAAGGAUGAAGAGCUGUUGUCAGGUAGACUCUUGGUCCUUAGCAGAUCAAACAAAGUUAAAAGUGCUUUAGAAUUGUUUGCUUCAAUGGAAGCCUCUUCCCUUCACCCUAGUUCUCAUGCUUGUAACUCUCUCCUAUCAAGUCUGGCGCGCAAUGGAUUUCUUAAGGAUGCCUUGCACAUGUUUGAGAUAAUGAAUAAGAAAGGAAUUGCUACUGGUCACACUUUCAGUUUGAUACUCAAAAUUGUUGCUAGUGUUCAAGGUGCUAAUGCUGCUUUAGGAAUGUUCAAUGAAUUUGUAGAAGAAGGCAGAUCAAGAAAAUUUGAUAUCAUUGUUUACAAUACAAUGAUAACAAUCUGUGGGAAAGAUAGAAACUUAAUUGAGACUAAAAGGCUCUGGAGAAUGCUCAAGCAGAAUUCAGUUGGAAGUACCAUGACAACUUAUGAGUUAUUGGUCAGCAUUUUCGUGCAAUGCGGACAGUUCGAACUAGCAGUUGAUGCAUACCAUGAAAUGAUUCAGAGUGGAAUAGAGCCAAAUGAAAAUAUUCUAAGAGCAAUUCUUUCUUCGUGCACCAAAGAGGGGAACUGGAACUUGGGUCUCAGUGUUUUCCAAAAGAUUUUGGAUAAUGGCAUCAGGCCAAAUAUUAUUGCCUUUAACUCACUGAUUAAUUGCCUGGGGAAGGCUGGAAAAGCUGAACUUGCAUUCAAGGUAUAUGAUAUGCUGAACUCAGUUGGGCAUAGGCCUGAUGGAUACACAUGGAAUGCACUCCUUUGUGCUUUGUAUAAGUCUAACCGGCAUGUUGAUGCCAUAAAAUUGUUUGAGGGCAUUAAGCAAGAACAAGAUUUUGGCUUAAAUGUUCACUUAUAUAACACUACUCUCAUGUCUUGUCAAAAACUUGGUUUAUGGGACCGCUCACUACAGAUAUUGUGGGAGAUGGAAAACUGCGGAAUUGAAAUGUCUACUGUCUCUUAUAACCAUGCAAUUUAUGCUUGUGAGGUUGCAAGGAAGCCAAAAGUUGCACUGCAAGUUUAUUGGCACAUGAUUGAACAGAAGCAUACACCAGAUAUAUUCACAUACUUGUCAUUGAUAAGAUCAUGCAUUUGGGGAUCUCUUUGGAACGAUUUAGAGGAAAUAAUGGAGAGUGUUUCACCAAAUUCUUCCAUCUACAAUGCACUAGUUCAUGGGCUGUGUUUACGCGGCAAGAUUUCAGUAGCAAUAAAACUGUACAAGAAGAUGCGCAGCAUUGGACUCAAACCUGAUGGAAAAACAAGGGCAUUGAUGCUGCAGCACUUGCCAAAUGAUAGAGUAGACGAAAACCUCAGAGAAAUAGUCACUGAAUUCCUCCUGAUAACUAGUUACCCAGGCCUUAUUGUGGCUCCGUGAUGCCUUGGUCGCGGACGAUGCCGGUUAUUGUGGAAUAACUGAGGCUGAGUUCCACCAGGCAGAUGAGAAGUGGAAAACUAUAAUCUUAAUCAAAUACCACGCUGAAGCGUUCAGGCUGAUGAAUGUAUAUGUUCCUGGAGAUAAUGUACGUAAAACCACAUGAAAAAUGUAACACACGUCUUGGCGAAUGAUGGAUUAUUUUGAGCUGUAUUUCCAGAAUACAAUUUUCUGAUUUUUUUUAAGAGGAAAAAAAUUAAUUUGUGAAUUAUUAGCUAGACAAUGUCAUAAAUCUGCAAC